CGGGCCGGUUGCUGAAUGAGGGGAGCCGGGCCCUCCCCGCGGCAGUCCCCCGCGCCCUCCGCCCCACCCGGCCCCGCCAUGUCCUUCUUCCGGCGGAAAGUGAAAAGCAAAGAGGAGGAGAAGACCCCAGAUGUCAAGUCAGUCAGCACUAAAAAUCAUGCCUUGCUGGAGGCUGCGGGACCAAGUCACGUUGCAAUCAAUGCCAUUUCUGCCAACAUGGACUCCUUUUCAAGUAGCAGGACUGCAACACUUAAGAAACAGCCCAGCCACAUGGAGGCCGCUCACUUUGGGGACCUGGGCAGAUCUUGUCUGGACUACCAGACUCAGGAGGCCAAAUCAAGUCUUUCAAAAACCCUUGAGCAAGUCUUGCAUGACACCAUGGUCCUCCCUUACUUCAUUCAAUUCAUGGAACUUCGGAGAAUGGAGCAUUUGGUUAAGUUUUGGUUGGAAGCUGAAAGUUUUCACUCCACAACUUGGUCCCGAAUAAGAGCACACAGUCUGAACACGGUGAAGCAGAGCUCAUUGGCUGAACCUGUCUCUCCAUCUAAAAAGCCCGAGACCACAGCAGCUUUUGUAACCGAGUCUCUUAACAGGAGGUUGGAGGAUUCUGGCUCAGCCCAUCUGGAAGGAAUUGACUUGAAUAAUAUAACUAGCAACACCCAGAACCACUUGCUUUCCCAGGAGAGUGACAGUGCCCAUUCUCUCCACCUAGAGACAGCCAGGACAGGAACUCAUCGGGGCUCCCUGGAAACCCAGGAGUCCUCCAGGCUCAUGGUAGCCAGUAGAAGUAGUCCAUCUUCUCCACUGAAGGAAUUAUCAGGAAAAUUAAUGAAAAGUAUAGAGCAAGAUGCAGUGAAUACUUUUACCAAAUACAUAUCUCCAGAUGCUGCUAAACCGAUACCAAUUACAGAAGCAAUGAGAAAUGACAUCAUAGCAAAGAUUUGUGGAGAAGACGGGCAGGUGGAUCCCAACUGUUUCGUUUCUGCACAGUCCAUAGUCUUCAGUGCAAUGGAGCACGAGCACUUUAGUGAGUUUCUACGAAGUCACCAUUUCCGUAAAUACCAGAUUGAAGUGCUGACCAGUGGAACUGUUUACCUGGCUGACAUUCUCUUCUGUGAGUCAGCCCUCUUUUAUUUCUCAGAGUACAUGGAGAAAGAGGACGCAGUGAAUAUCCUACAGUUCUGGUUGGCAGCAGAUAACUUCCAGUCUCAGCUCGCUGCCAAAAAAGGGCAGUACGACGGACAGGAGGCACAGAAUGACGCCAUGAUCUUAUACGACAAGUACUUCUCCCUCCAGGCCACACACCCUCUUGGAUUCGACGAUGUUGUGCGACUGAAAAUUGAAUCCAGCAUCUGCCAGGAAGGUGGGCCACUCCCUAACUGUUUCACCACUCCGUUACGUCAGGCCUAGACGACCAUGGAGAAGGUCUUUUUGCCUGGCUUUUUGUCCAGCAAUCUGUAUUAUAAAUACUUGAAUGAUCUCAUCCACUCAGUUCGCGGAGACGAGUUCCUGGGAGGGAGUGUCUCACUGACGGCUCCAGGCUGUAUGGGUCCCCCUGAUGACUCCCACCCUGGGGCAGCCGACAGCUCCACCUCUCAGUCCAGUAUGAAAAAAGCCAGUGUUAAGAUUCUGAAAAAUUUUGAUGAAGCGAUAAUUGUGGAUGCUGCAAGUCUGGAUCCAGAAUCUUUAUAUCAACGGACAUAUGCAGGGAAGAUGACGUUUGGAAGAGUUAGUGACUUGGGUCAGUUCAUCCGAGAAUCUGAGCCUGAACCUGAUGUAAAGAAAUCAAAAGGAUCCAUGUUCUCUCAAGCUAUGAAGAAAUGGGUGCAAGGAAAUACUGAUGAGGCCCAGGAGGAGCUAGCUUGGAAGACUGCUAAAAUGAUAGUCAGUGAUGUGAUGCAGCAGGCCCAGUGUGAUCAGCCAUUAGAGAAGUCCACAAAGAUAUGACUCAGACCUGAGAUCAAGGAAAUCUGCUUUUGGAAAAUAAGAACACUUUUUCCCUUUGGUUGAAUUCCUCACCACAGCCAAUGAAAACAGCACUGUAUUUCUUCUCACUGUCGUUCCCAGGAAAGAAGGGCGGACAGUCCCAGACUUGCACCAUGGAGAGCGGCUCGUAGAUGCCCUGCCACCCAGAUGAUUGCAGAGUGACAGUCAGAGAGACCAAGGGGCACUGUUUACACUACUAGAGAUUAAUCGUUUUCCAAUGGCAAUAACCCAUCCACAGAAGAAUUUAGCCCACGGGGAUCUGCAGGGCCAGGCGCCAUGGGAGGCGGGUGGGCGUGGAGCUGGUGUUUGAUGCGCUGCCGUGGCGGUCUCCCACUCCUGCCGCAUCAUGAGGUGGGUGCCCGGGGUGCUUUGCUCCAUCUCCUACACAAACAGGUGAGUCGGCCUGGCCCCAGCCAGGCAGCACAGUGCCGGCAGAUGGCUUUCCUUCCUGGGAAUAGGGCCUGCACAGAGGCGUUCAUCUGGAAGGAAGCUGAGAGGUCACGGGUCAAGUCAUGGUGACAUUGUCCUUCCCUUUGGUGGCAACUUGCCAUUUUCACAUUUUAAUUGCUCCCAGGAUGCAGUACCCGUAAACCAGGUCCCCUGCCGGAGGGGCCACCCUCUGCACUGUGAGCAUCAGGCCCUGCUCCUCCAACUUCUAUGCUCCAGAGAUGUCCUUCCCCUCAUAGCACACAAGGAAAGGAAUUUGCAACAACCGUCACUCCAGUUUUCCCCUGUGGUUCCUUGAACAAAUGUUUGUUCCCAGUUGUACACUUCUUUAAAGCAGGUGGUGGGCAGGGGUGUGGGCGGGCAAGGGUGGGGGAGAAAGGCCCUCGUCUCUGACCCCCGCUGCCCAUCUUUGCUGUGCCGGCAGUCUGCAGCUCGUGGCCUUUCUCCUUCGUCCAUGGUCAUGAGAGGCCCCUCGCUGCACUUCCACUCCGUCGGCCUCAGGGUCUGGGCCACACUGCCCUCAGCGGAGCCACCCUGGCGGUAAGCACACUCCAUGGUGGGUGCUGCCAGCAUGGCCUCGCUGCCCGGACUGUUGGGGAAAGAACGUUCUCUUAGGUGUUACUGCUUUUGCUCAGACUUUGCAAAAAAAAAAAAAAAAAAAAAUAUAUAUAUAUAUAUACACAUAUAAAUAUAUAAUUAUUAAUCAUCUCUGUCCUUGAGAAAGUCUUGAAUGAAUAGAGUUCCUUCUA